AUGCUUUCUGCUACAAUGAGAUAUUCUACCAUAAUUUCAAAGAUACACUUUCAAAUAAACCCAUCAAUAAAUAGAACAUCUUCACUUUCCAAUCUCCUCCAACAAACCAAGCCUUUUUUUUUUCUCCAAAGACCCAAACAUCAAUCAAAAGCAGCCAUGGAAACCCUUAGUGGCAAACCAUGUUCUUCAGAUACAUCUAAUAUCUCAGCAGCCUCGGGAGAGAGUCAAAAUAAAGGCGGUGGUAUCGAUGGAAACAUGAUGGCCAAACUGAAAGAGAAAGUUGUUGUUGUUCAGGAAUCUCAUGAUUAUCAGUCCAACCAGGUUAGAUCAGGUCUGCACCUUUCACUCGGUGCGAAGUUUUCCGGAGAUGAGAUGAUUCAUGGCUCUGAGGUGGAACUCAAACUCUCUAGUAUGGGUUCAUCUCAAGCAAAUAAGCAGCAGCAGCAGACCAAGUCGAAAGCUAGGGCUUUUACGUGCGGCUUUUGCAAGAAAGAGUUCUCCACCUCUCAAGCCCUUGGAGGGCAUCAGAAUGCGCAUAAACAAGAACGUGCGAUCGCCAAACGACGUAAAGAGUUGGAUUCGGGGGCUUUGGGGCAUCGACAGUACCCUUACUACUCUUAUUCAAGCCUCUCUCAGGCCUCUCUCUAUGGAUCUUUCAACAGGGCUCUCGGGACAAGAAUGGAAUCAAUGAUUCAUAAGCCUGCUCCUGCUUACCCUUGGACCACCCUGGGCUGCCGUUUCGGCCAUGGAGGAAUCAUGAUGGAGAACUUCCAGGCUCCGAGGAGUAGCACUUUGCCAACCAUGGCUGCUGCGGCUUCAAGCAUUGCAGCAAAGAAGCCAACAAGCAGCCGUGAUUUUCUGUCAAAAAUGGAUCUAUCAGAAAGUGAUAAUCGUCAGGAUGAUGAUCCAGGACUUGAUUUGUCUCUUAGGCUUUAA